GUUUCUUGGAUAUAAUUUUGAUCUGGUUGCAGUUUUGGUUCGAUAUUUGCAGUUUUGUCGAGCAUUUCCAGUUCUCACCUACUUUGCGUUGAUUUCAGGUUACCUAAAUUUGAUACCUUGGUGCCAUUUUUGAGAAACUUGUAACGAAAAAAACUGAGGCAAUUCUGCAGUGAAACGUAUAAAGAGUGCUUUUGGUGUAAAGAUAGUUGUAUUGGGUUGUUUACAAUCAAUCAAUUCGAAUUUAUAGAUUUGAUGUUGAGCUUCUGCAUGUUGCGGUCACGGUAGAAGGGUGGUGGUUUUUCGUUCAGAAAAAUGAUGAGGGGAAGAGCUGAUGAAAACCAAAAGAAGCGGUUGGUUACUUUGAUAUUAACUUUAGUGAUCUUUGGCGGUUUUCUUUACGUGUAUUCUCGCAAAGACGGUUCAUCUGCUUUAGAAUAUGGCAGUAAAUCUUUAAAAAAAAUUGGUUCUUCUUAUUGGAGUGGGGAUGAUGAUGCUGAUGAAUCUUCCUUCAAACCUGGUGAAGAUGGAGAGGAUGCUGUCAUGCUAAAGAGCAUUCCAGUUUGUGAUGAUCGACUGUCGGAGUUGAUUCCUUGCUUAGACAGAAAUCUCAUAUACCAGACAAGGUUGAAGCUGGAUCUGUCCCUGAUGGAGCACUACGAGAGACAUUGCCCACUUCCCGAGAGACGCUAUAAUUGUUUGAUUCCUCCUCCACCAGGGUACAAGAUACCAAUCAAAUGGCCAAUAAGCAGGGAUGAGGUAUGGAAAGCAAAUAUACCUCAUACCCACCUGGCAACUGAGAAGUCUGACCAGAACUGGAUGACUGUCAAAGGUGAAAAGAUUUCCUUUCCUGGAGGUGGAACUCACUUCCAUUAUGGAGCUGAUAAGUACAUUGCAUCAAUUGCUAAUAUGCUCAACUUUCCAAAUUAUAAUUUAAACAAUAAGGGAAGCAUCCGGACAGUCCUUGAUGUUGGCUGUGGAGUUGCCAGUUUUGGAGGAUACCUGCUUUCCUCUGAUAUUAUUGCAAUGUCAUUAGCACCAAAUGAUGUUCAUCAAAACCAGAUCCAGUUUGCCUUAGAGAGAGGAAUUCCUGCAUAUCUUGGUGUUUUAGGCACAAAGAGACUCCCUUGGCCAAGUCAAUCUUUUGAACUUGCGCAUUGUUCCCGCUGUAGGAUUGAUUGGAUUCAAAGGGAUGGCAUCCUUCUUCUUGAGCUGGAUAGGUUACUUAGACCAGGAGGUUAUUUUGUCUACUCAUCUCCAGAAGCUUAUGCACAGGAUGAAGAGGAUCUGAGAAUAUGGAAAGAAAUGAGUGGCCUUGUGGAACGCAUGUGCUGGAAAAUAGCUGCUAAAAGGAAUCAAACUGUUAUUUGGGUCAAGCCCCUGACUAAUGAUUGUUACAUGGAAAGAGAGCCCGGGACCCAACCUCCCCUCUGCAGAUCCGAUAAUGACCCAGACGCUGUGUGGGAUAUGCAUAUGGAAGCUUGCAUCACACCUUACGCCGAAUACAACCAGAGAGGAAGAGGAAGUAGUUUGGCUCCUUGGCCAGCUCGAUUAAUAACUCCACCCCCACGGCUAGCUGAUUUCGGAUAUUCUAAUGAAAUGUUUGAAAAGGACACAGAAGUUUGGCAACAAAGAGUUGAGAAUUACUGGACUCUUUUGAGCUCGAAGAUCAAGUCUGACACUCUGAGGAACUUGAUGGACAUGAAGGCAAACAUCGGUUCAUUUGCAGCUGCUCUGAAGGACAAAGAUGUAUGGGUCAUGAAUGUGGUGCCAAAAGAUGGACCUAACACUCUUAAGAUAGUGUAUGAUAGAGGCCUGAUAGGGACGGUUCACGACUGGUGUGAAGCCUUCUCAACCUACCCACGAACUUAUGAUCUACUUCAUGCUUGGACUGUCUUCUCUGAUAUUGGAAGGAAAGGCUGCAGUGUCGAGGACCUAUUGAUCGAGAUGGAUCGGAUGCUUAGACCGAAAGGUUUCGUUAUUGUCCGUGAUAAGCGAUCAGUGGUGGAGUUCAUAAAGAAGUAUCUCCAAAUGUUACACUGGGAGGCAGUGGCUACAACUGAUGCAGGCCGAGACGUGUUGCAAGAUGAGGAGGAUGAUACAGUUUUGAUGAUCCAAAAGAAGAUGUGGCUUACAAGUGAGAGCCUCAGGGAGUUGGAAUAGCAUGAAACAUAGUCAUGCAUGGCUACUGAGAUGACCCUAACAGUGCUCACCCACAUUAUAUCCAUUCUGUAUAUGGAAAUUGGAAGUUUUUUUUUUGUUUUUUUAAUCUUUUUCAUUAGGAAAGUAGGGGGGCUCCCAGGGUAUUAUAAUGAAAUUGGCUUUACGAAGAAAUUCUGAAAGAGCUUGUAUGUUAGUUAUCUCUCCAUUUUCUUAGUCCUCUUUCCAUCGGACAAAAACAUGAAAAAAAGUUUUUUUUUA